GAAGUCAGAAGAUCUUCUAACAAGAAAGAUCAAGAAAUCGCCAAAAUGUUUGUCGUCAAACGAAAUGGUCGAACAGAGAAGGUAAUGUUUGAUAAAAUAACAUCACGAAUUGUCAAACUAUGUUAUGGUUUAAAUAUGGACUUUGUAGACCCAACGGCUAUAACAUUAAAAGUUAUCAAUGGUCUCUAUCAGGGUGUUACUACAGUAGAAUUAGACAAUCUAGCUGCCGAGACAGCUGCUACCAUGACAACCAAACAUCCCGAGUACGCUAUACUCGCUGCUAGAAUUGCUGUGUCUAAUUUACAUAAAGAGACCCAAAAAGUCUUUAGUGAGGUAAUGGAUGAUAUUUUUAACUGGAUCAAUCCUAAAACUGGAAAACAUUCUCCUAUGAUCUCUGAAGAAUGUCAUAAAAUCAUCAUGGACAAUGCAGAGAGAUUGAAUUCUGCUAUAAUUUAUGACCGAGAUUUUGGUUACCAGUAUUUUGGUUUUAAAACUCUUGAGAGAUCUUAUUUACUAAAAAUUGAUGGCAAAGUUGUUGAACGACCACAGCAUAUGUUAAUGAGAGUUGCUGUAGGAAUUCAUCAUAAUGAUAUAGAUAGUGCUAUUGAGACGUAUAAUUUAUUAUCAGAGAAAUGGUUUACUCAUGCUUCUCCUACUUUAUUUAACGCUGGAACCAGACGACCACAAUUAUCCAGUUGUUUUCUAUUGACUAUGAGUGGAGAUAGUAUUGAAGGUAUAUACGAUACGUUAAAACAAUGUGCCUUGAUAUCUAAAUCGGCAGGUGGAAUCGGGUUGAAUGUACAUUGUAUUAGAGCCAAGGGAAGCUACAUUGCUGGGACUAAUGGUAUGUCUAAUGGUUUAAUACCAAUGUUACGAGUUUAUAACAAUACAGCCAGAUACGUAGAUCAGGGGGGAAACAAGAGACCAGGAGCAUUUGCUAUCUAUAUUGAACCAUGGCACGCAGAUGUUUUCGAGUUUUUAGAUUUAAAAAAGAAUACUGGUAAAGAAGAACAGCGAGCCAGAGAUUUAUUCUAUGCCCUGUGGAUUCCUGAUUUAUUUAUGAAACGGGUGGAAAGCAAUGGAAACUGGACCUUGAUGUGUCCAGGGGAAUGUCCAGGCCUCGAAAAUGUCUGGGGUGAAGAAUUCGAAAAACUAUAUGAAAGCUAUGAAAAGGCUGGUAAAGGAAGAAAGACAAUCCCUGCCCAGAAACUAUGGUAUGCUAUAAUAGAAUCUCAGACUGAGACUGGUACACCAUACAUGUUAUAUAAAGAUAGCUGUAACAGAAAAUCAAAUCAACAAAACCUUGGUACUAUCAAAUGUAGUAACCUUUGUACAGAGAUAGUGGAAUACAGCGCUCCAGAUGAGGUAGCAGUAUGUAACCUAGCCUCCAUUGCUCUCAAUAUGUACGUUAAACCUGAUAAAACGUACGAUUUUGAAAAGUUGCGACAAGUUACCAAAGUUAUUGUCAAAAAUCUGAAUAGAAUUAUUGAUGUGAACUAUUAUCCUGUAGAGGAGGCCAAGAAGUCCAACAUGAGACAUCGUCCAAUCGGAUUGGGUGUCCAAGGGUUAGCAGACGCCUUUAUAUUAAUGAGAUAUCCAUUUGAGAGUCAGGAAGCCCAGGAGUUAAAUAAGUUGAUCUUUGAGAAUAUUUAUUACGCUGCGUUAGAAUCCAGUUGUGAACUAGCCGAGAAAGACGGGGCAUAUUCAACUUACAAAGGUUCUCCAGUCAGCAAGGGGGUGUUACAGUUUGAUAUGUGGGAUGUGAAACCAUCUGGUACAUUAGACUGGAAAUCAUUACGAGCUAGAAUAGCCAAACAUGGUGUAAGAAAUAGUUUAUUAAUGGCGCCGAUGCCAACAGCCUCUACAGCUCAGAUACUUGGUAAUAAUGAAGCUAUAGAAGCCUAUACCAGUAAUAUAUAUACCAGAAGAGUUCUGUCUGGAGAAUUCCAGAUUGUGAACUCUCAUCUAUUGAAAGAUCUCACAGAACAAGGAUUAUGGGAUGAUGACAUGAAAAAUAGGAUCAUAUCAGAAGGUGGUUCUAUACAGAAUAUAGAUGAGAUACCUAAAGAUUUGAAAGACUUGUACAAAACAACGUGGGAAAUCAGCCAAAAAACUGUGAUCAAGAUGGCCGCCGAUCGAGGAGCUUAUAUUGAUCAGAGUCAGUCGUUGAAUAUUCAUAUUGCGGAACCUAAUUAUGGUAAAUUAACCAGCAUGCAUUUCUAUGCAUGGAAAUUGGGUUUGAAAACAGGAAUGUAUUACCUCCGAACAAAACCAGCUGCCAACGCCAUCAAAUUCACUGUAGAUAAAACCAAACUGAAGUCAAAAGAAACCAAACCAUCCCCAGAAACACAGGUGGCGGAAGACAACGUAGCAGCUAUUGCUUGUUCAUUGGCUAACAAAGAUGAUUGUAUGAUGUGUAGUGGAUGAAAAUAUUGAAAUUUGGACAAAAGCUAAAACUGCCACGGCCAUUUUUUAUAGCCAUUAGUUCUCAACAAAUUAUAGAAUAUAUUUAAAGGGAUUGUAAAGAGGUAUUUUGUACUCUAGCAUUGAUUUGUACUAUUCAAAUUUUUAGUCCGACGUUUGUGGUUCUUGCAUAUCCACUGAAACCAAGUGAUUUAUGAAGUCACUAUCACGAAACAUGCAAAUUAAAUCUAAGGACCUUCACCAUAGUGUCAUCAUUUUGAAAGGACCAUGCCUAUAAGGCAUUUAGAUAUUAAUAGCUUUUGAGAUCAUAAUAUGUUAAGUUUAUUUUUAAAAUUUAAAGAAACUUCUUACCAUCCCUUUAAGUAUAAAUUCCAAAAUGUACAUAAAAAUGGAUAUAAUCUCCAAAAAUCAUUUUUUUUCUUAAAGAGUGCUAAUCUUAAUCUUAAUCUCCUCAUUAAAGGGACAGGCUCGCCAUCCAUUUGACCCAAUCAAUCCAUAGCAGAAAUUAAAAUUGCUAGUUUGAGGUAUAUUUGAAGAAAAUUCUCCAAUUUUCAUGCUAGUUAUUGCAAACCCAAAAAUGGUGAACCCGUCUCAUUAAAUUUGUGAAUAUCUUCAUUGUUUGAACUCUUACCAGGAAAAUUUGUUCAUCUACCAUUGAGAUAAAUAUGAAUACUAAUAACACCAUCUUUAUAAAAAUAUUAGUAGAUGUCUAACUUCCUUUUUAAGUUAACCCUUUGAACACUGAGUGUAAAUAAAAUACACUGUCAUAUACCCUGAACUCUAAGUAAUAUUAACCUAUAUAUAAUAUGUAUGUUACAGGAAGUGUGACAACUGGCGUUGGAAGGGUUAAAUAGAUCAUUUUCAUCACAUUGUCUUGGCUCAUAUUCCAAGUUUUUUGUUAGUAUUGUUAUGGUUAAUGUAUUUUGUUGUGUUUUGUGUCAUUUUGUUGUAAAGAACGUUUCACAAUGUCUGCAGUAUUCAUUUUGUUUUCAUCUAUUACUGUAAUUUAUAUCCGUCUUCAUUAGCCCACAUGGUGCAGAAAAGUAGGACGUAAAACUCCCUUCAUUUCAGUUAUAAUUUAUAUUACAAUUAAAGUAUUCAAAACCUGACGCACAAAAAUUCCAUUCUUCUCUGUAUAUGUAUGUAAUGUAAAUAAGGUUUUAUUGUCAUAUACAGCUCUUCAUUGUCAGCUAAUUGUACUAUAAUUAUUUUCAUUAAUUAACAAUUUAAAACAUG